AUGUCGGAUCUAGGCUCCGAGGAGAUAGAGGAGGAGAGAGAGAAUUAUCUCGGGGAAUAUGAAGGAGAACGCAAUGAGGCAGGUGAACGACAUGGAAAAGGGAAAGCAUUAUUGCCCAAUGGAGAUAUGUAUGAUGGACUAUACGAAUUUGGUAAAAGGCAUGGGCAAGGAACCUACAGAUUUAAGAAUGGUGCUAGAUACAUUGGAGAAUACCAACAAAAUAAAAAACAUGGUCAAGGAAUGUUUAUCUAUCCAGAUGGAUCAAAAUAUGAAGGAGACUGGGCAGAUGACCAAAGGCACGGUCAUGGAAUUUAUUUCUAUGCAAAUAAUGAUACAUACACUGGAGAAUGGUUUGCUCACCAAAGGCAAGGACAAGGCACAUAUAUCUAUGCUGAGACUGGCUCUAAGUAUGUUGGUACUUGGUUCAAUGGACAACAGGAGGGAUCAGGAGAAUUCAUUCACCUCAACCACAGAUACCAGGGCAAGUUUGCAAAUAAAAAUCCAUUGGGCCCUGGAAAGUAUAUUUUUGAUAUUGGAUGUGAACAGCAUGGUGAAUAUAAACUUGCAGAUGUGGAAAGAGCAGAAGAGGAAGAGGAAGAGGAAACUACAAAUGCAAUUCCAAAAUGGAAGGCUCAAAAAAUUACUGCAUUAGAACUCUGGAAACCAACUCCUGUUGAAGAAGCCCCAGAGCAUGAAGUCUUACAAACAACGGAAGAACCACAUGCUUAUUCAGAAGGUGGUGGGGAAACGACUGAGGAUGCUCAGCCUCUUACUGAUUAUUCAGAAGUAGAUGAGCUUGAAACACUAAUUAAACAGGGAGAAGAUUCUGAAGAAGUAAGGGAUGAAAGCAGAGAAGAAGGAUUAAAUGAGGAGGAGGAAGAAGAAGGAGCAAAAUGA